AUGUCCGUCAUCAUGGAGCAGUCGACGGUUCAGUCGUCUUAUAAGAUUGAUACCAACGACAUCGAGUCUGGUUAUGCCUCCGGCCAGUCCGACUACUCUCCGUCACCGAGAGAAGAGAAGCCCGAUAUUUCCCUCAGCAAGUCUCACAUCGAAUACCUCAACCAGCAGAUGGAGAACAUGCACCCCAUGGACAUCCUCCGCUUCUGCAGAAUCAUGUUCCCCAACCUCUACCAGUCAACGGCAUUUGGUCUGACGGGUCUCGCCACCAUGGACAUGCUGUCCAAGAUCCAAAAGGAGAACCCCGAGUCUCGCACUGUCGACCUCAUCUUCCUUGACACUCUGUAUCACUUCAAGGAGACAUAUGAGCUCGUCGACCGGGUCAGAGAAAGAUAUCCCAACGUCCCCAUCCACAUCUUCAAGCCCGACGGCAUGGAGACUGCCCAGCAGCUCGAAGAGACGUAUGGAGAGGAGUUUUACCACACUGCCGGCGACAUGUACGACUGGAUCGUCAAGGUUGAGCCCCUGCAGCGAGCAUACGACGAGCUCAAGGUUGCCGCCGUGCUCAACGGCCGUCGACGAUCUCAGGGUGCGGCCCGUGGCUCCAUCCCCAUCAUCGAGCUCGAUGAGGAGCGAAACAUCAUCAAGAUCAACCCCAUGGCCGCUUGGACCUUUGCCCAGGUCAACGAGUACAUCAAGGAGAACAAUGUCCCCUACAACGCCUUGCUUGACCAGGGUUACAAGUCGGUUGGCGACUGGCACUCGACCAGCCCCGUCGGCGAGGGAGAGGAUGAACGUGCCGGCCGCUGGAAGGGCCAGAACAAGACUGAAUGCGGCAUCCACAACAAGAAGUCCAAGUACUCCGAGUUCGUUGCUCAGCGGGAGAGCCAGACUGCGCCUGUUUCAUGA